GUCGCGAGGUGGAUGUUUCCUCGACCCCCAUAAAAAGAUGCACAGAUAUGAAGACCCCGGGGUCCCGUAGGGAGGACCUCCAGCCACGCUGUCGAGGAACCUACCUGUUUAUUCCCACGCAUUAGUUUGAGAAAAGUUAGUUUUUCUUUGCUUUCCAGAGGUGAGAGGAUCAAAUAAACCAGGAGUGAGGAAGUGGAAUAAAGAAACAUCUGGAUUUAUUCAUUUAUUCUGCUGGUGAGCUGAAUUAUGAGAAUGACUGGAGCAAUGGAAACUUCUUUCAAACUGGCUUUGAAGAAACCGCCCCCCCUGCGGACUGCAGAGGACCUGCACACCAUCUACUGCCACCUCUACCACAUGGACGUCCUCUCUCACCUCAGGGAACAUCAGCUAAGGUCGAUGUGCACCUCGGCCCGCUACGAGCGACAUGAGGCUAACCACGUCCUGUUCUACCCAGACAGCAUCGCGACCUGUUGGUACAUCCUGCUCUCUGGAUCCGUCUUCGUCAAGGAGCACAUGUACCUGGCGAGGUGCUGUUUCGGCAAACAGCUGGGGGGCAGACGAGGCUGUGAAUGCAUCACGUUAGAGCCGUCAGAAAUGAUUGUGGUGGAUAACGGCAGCGAGGGGGACGACGGUUUUCUGCAGAGGGACGGCUCCCAACGGAGGUCCAGACGGCGCUUCAGGAGAGUCAACCCCAGGGGAGAGCGGGAACUCAUCACCGACGGCCAAGAACCCACCGGCUACAACACGCUUCCUGCCGACCUCAAUAAGAUGCACCUAACAGACCACGCCCACCAGCAGGUGAUGCACAUGCCUCCCAGCCAAUCAGGAUGCAGCAUCGCCAGCGACUCGGGGAGCAGCAGCCUAUCAGACAUUUACCAGGCCACGGAGAGCGAGCUGGGGGACGUCGACCUGUCUGGACUUCCGGAGGCGGCGGUGGACAGCGAGGAAGAGGAGGAGGAAGAUGAAGACCUGGAGCGAGCCUCAGACACUCUUCUGGGACGAGACCUGGUCCGAGAGUGUCUGGAAAAAGACCCAGCCGACCGCAACGACGACGACAUUGAGCAACUACUGGAGUUCAUGCACCAGCUGCCCGCCUUCACCAACAUGACCAUGUCUGUGCGGAGAGACCUGUGCAGCGUCAUGGUGUUUGAGGUGGUGGAGCAGGCCGGCACCGUCAUACUGCACGACAAACAGGAGCUGGACCUCUGGUACGUCAUCCUGAACGGAGCCGUGGAGAUCAGCCACCCGGAGGCCAGACUGGAGACUCUGUGCAUGGGCAACAGCUUCGGCAUCUCGCCCUCUUUGGACAAACAGUACAUGAACGGAGAAGUCCGCACCAAGGGGGACGACUGCCAGUUCGUCUGCGUGGCCCAGGAGGACUACUGGCGCAUCCUCAACCACGUGGAGAAGAACACGCACAAGGUGGAGGAGGAGGGCGAGAUCGUGAUGGUGAAGGAGCACCGCGAGCUGGACCGCAGCGGGACCAGGAAGGGACACAUCGUCAUCAAGGGAACCCCGGAGCGUCUGAUCAUGCACCUGGUGGAGGAGCCGUCGGUGGUGGACCCCACCUACAUCGAGGACUUCCUGCUGACCUACAGGACCUUCCUGUCGAAUCCCAUGGAGGUCGGCAAGAAGCUGCUGGAGUGGUUCCACGUGGACAGCCUCCGGGACACGGUAACGAGAAUAGUGCUGCUGUGGGUCAACAACCACUUCAACGACUUCGAGGGUGACCCGGCCAUGACGCGCUUCCUGGAGGACUUUGAGCAACAUCUAGAAACCACAAAAAUGAAGGGCCACUUGCGGCUGCUGAACAUCGCGUGUGCAGCCAAGGCUAAGUGGAGGCAGAUCACCCUGCAGAAGGCGUCCAGGGAGGCUCCGCUCUACUUCAGCGUGCAGGGCGGCAGCGAGAGAGGCUUCGGCAUCUUCAUUGAGUCGGUGGAACCAGGGAGCAAGGCAGCAGAGGCCGGACUCAAACGGGGAGAUCAGAUCAUGGAGAUCAAUGGUCAGAACUUUGAGAACAUCUCCUUCUCCAAAGCUGUUGACAUCCUGAGAAACAACACGCACCUCUCUCUCACAGCAAAAACCAACAUAUUCGUCUUCAAAGAGCUCCUCAGCAGGAUCGUGCACGAGAAGAAGAACGGCGGCCCUCACAUUCCCAAGAUCCAGGAGAAAAAGGGAAACCGCUUCUCCAUCCCAGACCUUCCCGGAGACAUGGAGUUCGCCUCGGACCACAAGAGCACCAGGAAAAUGAAGGCGAACACCGUGUCGGGAGGACGAAACAAGAUCAGGAAGAUGCUGGAGAAGACGCGCUUCAGCAUCCUGCCGCCCAAACCGUUCAGUGACGGAGGCGUGGGUCAGUCUCAGGACGACAGCAUCGUGGGUACCAAGCAGUGUCGUCACAGCGUGGCCAUCAUGCCCAUCCCCGGAAACCUGUCGUCCAGCAGCCCCGACCUGCUGCACCCGGCCUCCAGCGUCCUCGACUUCUCCAACCCCGCAGAUAUCCCAGACCAAGUGAUCCGGGUGUUCAAGGCCGACCAGCAGAGCUGCUACAUCAUCAUCAGUAAGGACACCACCGCCAAGGAUGUGGUCGCCCACGCCGUCAAUGAGUUCGGCCUCCUCCCGGCGCCCGAGACCUACUCCCUGUGUGAGGUGUCCGUGAGUCCGGAGGAAGUCAUAAAACAGCGCCGUCUGCCCGACCAGCUCUCCAAACUGGCCGAUCGCAUUCAGCUCAACGGCAGGUACUACCUGAAGAACAACAUGGAGACGGAGACGUUAUGUUCUGACGAUGACGCACAAGAUCUCCUCAGAGAGAGUCAGAUCUCUCUGCUGCAGCUCAGCACCAUGGAGGUCGCUGCCCAGCUCUCCAUGAGAGACUUUGAGCUCUUCAGGAACAUCGAGUCCACAGAGUACGUGGACGACUUGUUCAAACUGGACUCGUCGUUGGGAAGUGGUAACCUGAAACAGUUCGAGGAGGUGAUAAACCAGGAGACCUUCUGGGUCGCCACGGAGAUCCUGAAGGAGCCCAACGCCCUGAAGAGGAUGAAGACCAUCAAGCACUUCAUCAAGAUCGCCCUGCACUGCAGAGAGUGCAAGAACUUCAACUCCAUGUUCGCUAUUAUCAGCGGCCUGAACUUGGCGCCGGUGGCCCGACUGCGCAGCUCGUGGGAGAAGCUGCCCAGCAAGUACGAGAAGCUGUUCGUGGACCUGCAGGACGUGUUCGACCCGUCCAGGAACAUGGCCAAGUACCGCAACGUCCUGAGCAGCCAGAGCAUGCAGCCGCCCAUCAUCCCGCUGUUCCCCGUGGUCAAGAAGGACCUCACCUUCCUACACGAAGGCAACGACUCCAACGUGGACGGCCUCGUGAACUUUGAGAAGCUGAGGAUGAUCGCCAAGGAGAUCAGACACGUGGUGCGGCUGACCUCGGCCAACAUGGACCCGGCCCUCAUGUUCAGACAGAGGAAGAAGAGGUGGAAGAGUUUAGGGUCUCUGAGUCAGGGCAGCACCAACUCCAACAUGCUGGACGUUCAGGGCGGCGCCCACAAGAAGCGGGUUCGCCGCAGCUCGCUGCUCAACGCCAAGAAGCUGUACGAGGACGCCCAGAUGGCCCGGAAGGUGAAGCAGUACCUGUCCAACAUGACGGUGGAGAUCGACGAGGAGAAACACCAGAUCAUGUCUCUGCAGUGUGAGCCGGCCUACAGCACCUUGUCUAAGAACUUGAGUGAGAGGCGAUCCACCAAGUCGGACAUGUCUCCGGUGUCUCUGCGCUCCGCUCUGCCCUCGGGGAAAACACAGAACAGGGUGUCUCAAGUCCUUCAGGUCCAGGUCCCUCUGAACCCUCUACGGAAGAAGAGCACUGCCAAGGACAUCGGCCCUCCUAACUCCAGCUCUCCUCAGGUGGUGAAGAAGCCUCCGGUGAUGUCGUCAGAGGAGUGGAGCUCCAAGAGGCCGUCUGAAGACAGCGUGUCCAUGAUGUCCUCUCUUCACUCCAGCCCCACGGUGUCGCCUCAGGGCUCCCCACGCAAAGUGGGGGGCGUGGCCAAGUCCCAGAACUGCAGCCAGAUGAACUUGUCGGGAUCUUCGUCGUCUCUGACCAGCGACGCCAGCACGAAGGCCGGCACCAUCAGCCUGCGGAGCUACGGCAUAGGUUACGCUCUCCUCCCGCCGGGUAAAGCAGACAACCUGUCGGACUCGAGUCACAGCGAGAUCUCGUCCCGCUCCAGCAUCUGUUCGGUGGACUCGGUUCCGGCUCCCGGUUCUGACGACCGCUGUAUCAGCAACAGCGGCAGGAUCAGUGCUGCUAGUGCCCCCGUUACUACGGCAACUGCUACGACUCCGGCCCCAGUGCUGGAGAGCUCAGCGGCAAUACAUGCACACUUUAGUGCUGAGAACAACCAGCCCGGCACAAGCUCCUCGUCGUUGGCUCGAGGACACGUGUCGCGCGCCUCCACCUUCACCUCCUCCAUCUCCACGGAGGAGCUGACCCCGGACCACACCUCCCUGGACUCCGUGGCGGACAGCGGCCGCGGCAGCUGGACGUCCUGCUCCUCCAACUCCCACGACUCCUUCCAGAGCCUCCCGGCCUCCUCCUGCCGGCCCUGGGACCACGGCAUCCACGGGCACCCGCUGGCCCUGCCGCACACGCACCUGGGCGGCUUCAAGCACGCCCAGCCUCCCAUAGCGGAGGUGGAUGCAGCAGGUCACGCGUGGCCCAACGAGGACGCGGCCUCCGGGCACCGCUCCAGGGGCUCCGGCUCGGAUCUGUCCAACCAGUCCCGGCAGAGCUGGGCCUCGUCCGGCUCGCUGUCGGACACCUACGAGGGGAAUUACGGGACGAUAAAGCGGCGGAACACCGCGGAGCAGACCUCCUCUCCGACCGAGGAGGAAGGAGGGCAAAGCGCCGACCCCGCCUACAAAACGGUGACGUCGAGCACAGAGAAAGGCCUGAUAGUGUAUUGUGUCACAUCCCCCUCCAAGGAUGAGCGUUACCGAGCUCCCCCUCCCACCCCUCCAGGCUACCAGGGUCUGGCUCUGGGGGAUCUCGGCCUCACGGACGGAGGAGUUCCCCUCCCGAGGCCUCCUCACCUCAGACCUCCAGACUACAGCGUGGCCCUGCAGAGGAGCAAGCUCCUGCAGAGCCCCGGAGCUGCAGGCGGUCUGGCCGAGGCCCGGAGGCUGGCCGGUAACCACCACCUCCACCUCCUCCAUCACCCGGAGGCCCGGACGGCCGGCUCCACGCAGGGCUGCUCCAGACCGCCCAGCAUCUGCCUCCCGCCGCAGCAGCUGGCCGACAGCGAGGACGAUGAGCAAGUGUCAGCGGUGUAAAGACGCACACACACACACACACACACACACACACACACACACACACACACACACACACACACACACACA